AUGGCCGAGCCGUGGGAAAUUGCGGCUUCGAUUGCUGUCCUGCUGGGGAUGAGACAAUGCCAAAUAAACGUGGGAAAUUUCUCUGCAGAUGUCGAAGUGACAAGUUUUAUGUUAGUAACACUCGACGUCAGCCCCACGCGAAAUAUGCAGGGCUGUGCAUUAGGUGGUGUUGCAGCCACUACAGGCUACCACCCACCUUCGUGCCAACUUCAUUACCUCUACAACACCUUAACGCGCAUUUUAUCAUUCAAUAUGCAACAUUAUCAAUAUGCACCGUUGGACAGAGAAUCCGAUACCAUUCGGCUGCUCAGGCUCUUACCAUCCGAAGUUGACAAGGCUGAGAUUCGAGUCGAGCUGCUGGAGUACGAUUUGCGACACUCCCAGCAGUCCCUUCAUUCGUAUGAAGCUUUUUCAUACUUUUUGCGACACUCCCAGCAGUCCCGUCAUUCGUAUGAAGCUUUGUCAUACGUCUGGGGCGGCUUGGAAACUACUCAAUCAAUCCUCAUAGGCGAUGAAGAGCUUAGGAUCACAUCAAAUCUGCAUGCUGCGUUAUUGCGUCUCCGCGAUGUUACUUUCCCACGGAUUUUGUGGGUAGAUGCUGUGUGUAUCAAUCAGAGCGAUGACCCGGAGAAAGAACUUCAAAUACAAUCCAUGGCCAUGAUCUAUGGCUUCGCUAAACGCACAAUCGUUUGGCUUGGAGAAGAGACAGAGGGUAGUGACAUAGCGCUCGAAGCCAUACGUUUUGCUGGAAAUAAGCGUGAUAGCAUCUUCAACGAUAAUAAUGGUAGCUCUGGAAGAGCUGGAGCAGACGAAGGAUAUGUUCGAAACGCCAUCGCCUCUUUGCUACAGCGAGAAUGGUUCGAGAGGAUUUGGGUAAAGCAGCAGCAGUGUAACCCAAACAGUGUAUAG